CUCGGCAUCGCCAUUCUUUCUGCCUUGUAUGUGGCACAGCCUGUGGUUGGAUCAGGCGAUAACCAGAUUUCGAUUCAUUGACUGCGGUGGCACCAUCCCCGCUUUCCCCGCCGUUCGGGGACCCUACUUAGCGGGAGGGUAAAGUACUAUAUAACUCUCCACUGUCGCCGCUUAGCCAGCCUGCCUGAUCUUCAUACUUCAUCUACCCAAUUACACUCAUAACAUCCUUCCCAACAACAUCCUCGAAGAUAUUUUCAACAUGGGUUCGGCAACAGCUUCAACCCUGCCUCCGGACUUUCUCUGGGGGUUUGCGACUGCCAGUUACCAGAUUGAAGGUGCGGUUGACGAGGAUGGCCGUGGCCUCUCUAUCUGGGACACGUUCUGCAAGAUUCCUGGCAAGAUCGCAGGAGGAGCCAGCGGCGACGUUGCUUGCGACUCGUACCACCGGACCGCUGAAGAUAUUGCGUUGUUGAAAGAGUGCGGCGCCCAGGCAUACCGGUUUUCAAUCUCAUGGUCGCGCGUGAUCCCUUUCGGUGGUCGGAAUGACCCUGUCAAUGAAAAGGGUCUGCAACAUUAUGUCAAGUUUGUUGAUGACCUACUGGCGGCAGGCAUCACACCUCUCGUCACCCUCUUUCACUGGGAUCUUCCGGAUGCAUUGGAUAAGCGCUACGGUGGCCUCUUGAACAAGGACGAGUUUGUUGCGGAUUACGCCAACUAUGCUCGUAUCAUCUUCAAGGCUCUUGGUUCGAAGGUGAAGCACUGGAUUACGUUCAAUGAGCCGUGGUGCAGCAGUGUCCUUGGAUACAACGUGGGUCAGUUUGCCCCGGGUCGCACGAGUGAUCGCAGCAAGAGCGCGGAGGGCGACAGCUCGCGCGAGUGCUGGAUUGUGGGUCACAAUAUUCUUGUGGCCCAUGGAGCCGCGGUGAAAAUCUAUCGCGAAGAGUUCAAGGCCAAAGAUGGCGGUGAAAUUGGGAUCACGCUCAAUGGUGACUGGGCCGAGCCCUGGGAUCCGGAGGACCCAGCCGAUGUUGAGGCUUGCGACCGAAAGAUUGAAUUCGCCAUCUCGUGGUUUGCAGACCCAAUUUACCACGGGAAAUACCCGGACAGCAUGGUGAAGCAGCUGGGAGACCGACUCCCUCAGUGGACACCGGAGGACAUUGCGCUCGUCCACGGAAGCAACGACUUUUACGGUAUGAAUCACUACUGUGGCAACUAUAUCAAAGCCAAGACGGGCGAUGCGCACCCCAACGACACCGCUGGGAAUCUGGAGAUCCUGCAGCAGAACAAGGAGGGCGAAUUCAUCGGCCCCGAGACCCAGUCGGCCUGGCUGCGGCCGUACGCGAUUGGAUUCCGGAAGCUGUUGAAGUGGCUCAGUGACCGAUACGACCAGCCCAAGAUCUACGUGACUGAGAACGGGACAAGCUUGAAGGGUGAGAACGACUUGCCGCUGGAGCAGCUGCUCCAAGAUGAAUUCCGGACGCAGUAUUUCCGCGAUUAUAUUGCUGCCAUGGCUGACGCAUAUACGCUGGAUGGGGUGAAUGUGAGGGGCUACAUGGCCUGGAGUCUUAUGGAUAACUUUGAAUGGGCCGAGGGCUACGAGACCCGAUUCGGGUCGACCUACGUGGACUAUGAGAACGGACAGAAGAGAAUUCCCAAGGACAGCGCGAAGCAGAUCAGAUCGAUAUUCAACCAAUAUAUUGAGAAGUGAAUAGGGGUGACUGGGGAGGAAUGUAUAUCUUCAAUCUAUAUAUUCAUCUCAAUAGAUUGGUGAAUUACCGCCAUCUCUAUAU